AUGGACAAAAAUUCUUUGUGGGCUCAUCGUCUCUACAUUGCUGAAUGCCGUCUCAUACCCAAGGUUCUGCUACCAAACGGUAUCUUGUCAAUCGCAGGGUGGCCCGGUGUGACCAUGGAUCAACCAGUCGCGUCGACCUCGGCAAAUAUUCUGGAAAUCUUGCUUCUCUACACGGCCCAUGUUUUAUUACCUGCGUAUCUACUGCUGACGACGGCAAAGCGAUCACUUCUACGAUAUCUCUCAAUUCCAGUCUCGAUCUGCAUUUUACAUAGAGCAAUACAUGUCGCAUCCCUGCUAGGCCCAGGAUUCAUUUGGUGUGAACUUGCACGUCUGUUUCUUACAGUCGCAUGCCAGAGUCUGAACCUACUGCUCAUCAACUCAAAGGAUGGCCAUGACAUACCUCCUGAUGUCGGCCAGGGCGUCUUGAAACGCAUUUAUAUCUCGAGCCAAUUUUUCACACAUCCUCGGGGGAUUAAUACUCCAUGGCAAAUCAACAAUACCCCACCACAGCCUACGUAUUACGAACGAAACAAUAUGGCUGUGCCUACACGCAAGCGAUUCUUGAUACGGCAAUUUUCAAUCGCUUCCUGGCAAUAUCUAGCACUGGAUAUGUUUUCAGCCCUUGCCUUGCGACAGGCAAUGGAACAAGAAAAAUCCGGAACGCUGUCGAGCACUGUCCAAUGGAAUAUAUCAACUGAGCAAUUGAUCGAGCGAAUCGUCUCAAAUCUGAUGGCCGGAUUUGUCGUCAGUCGCAUCCUUAUUGAUUUCCACCACCGUGUUUUCUCGGUCAUAGCUGUUGGAAUCGGUCUCGACUCGACGUCAGAUUGGCCUCCGCUAUUUGGGAAGGCAACAGACACCUACAGCUUACGAGGAUUCUGGUCAAAAUUUUGGCAUCAACUCCUACAACAACCCUUGACGUCUAUCAGCCGCCUCAUUACUCGCGAUGCCCUAGGCUUAGCACCAAAUUCUACACUCCAGCGGUAUAUGAAUAUCUGCAUUGUUUUCUUCCUCUCCGGUGGAUUGCACGUUGUGUUGGAUAUUGUGCAAGGAAUCCCCUCGCAAGAAUCAGGUGCCAUGUUGUUCUUCGCCUUGGCUCCACUGGGACUCAUAGUCGAAGAUGCCUUUAAAGCACUGUGGCGACGCAUUUUAAAUCAAAACAAGGAAAGUAAAACACAAACUGAUGCACCACUACCACGAUCGCAACGACUUCUUGGGCUGGCCUGGACGAUGGUAUGGCUGGGGAUCACCUCAACCUGGUACUUUUAUCCGCAGAUGUUGCGGCCCCAAAACCAAAAUUUGGUACCUUUCAGCUUCGCAGAUCAAGUUGGGCUGCCUGUCAUUUUAUCAGCAGUUACGAUGGGCGGCGUUAUACUUGCUUUCACUUUCCAGGUCGAGGUAUAA